UUGACGUUGUAUUUACUCACACAAAUUUCUUUGUAAUAUAGAAGUAAAUUGAAAAAUAUAUGUAUUAAAAAACAAAAUGUUGAAACAAUUUGAAAAACAAACACAGGGAGUGAUCAAAUACAUUUGGAUGAUGUAAAAUAAACGUUGAUGACUUGCAUAAGUCAAGAUGAAUAUUGAUUGAACCCAAUAGUGGGCGAGGAAAAACUGAACCAAGAUCAAACUUGCUUUUUGAUUCUUUUCUCCAAAUAAAUUUACAGCACAGACGCCAUAGUUUACAGAAACAAGACGAGGUCAAAACCUAGUUUAUGGCUGGACAUGGUCAAACCCUGGUUUUAUAACCACGACAUAGACUGACAAAAUCACAAUACACAUAAAUCAAAGACAGACUGUGCUAUGAUUUUAGCUAUGACCUAUAUUUGCUUGUAAAAUGAAAAUUAGUUUGUCUUGCACAAAGUGCACAGCCUCCUUCUGGGAUCCACAAUAGCUUUCAAUUACUGUGUUUUAGACUUUAACAGAGGCAAGCUUCUAUCAGAGGCCAGUCAUUAUUUCUAAUUCCCUCUGUCUGUUUUACUGCAUUACGUGUUCAUACAAACUCAACACUUCCUAUAAUCAUUUCAAAUAAAAAGCCCUCUAGUUUCAGUGGGUAGAAACCCUUUAUGUCUAAACAGAGCUUUUGUUGCUUUGCUGCAGUAAGCGUAAAGGCUCAUCUCUGGUUGCUUACAUGCUAUUCAGAUCUGCCAGUUUCUUUAGCAGUUACCGAUGACUUCUUUCUCUCCGUCCCUAAAUCUUGCAACAAAUGCACUAAAUUUGCAACACUGCAGGCUGUAAACAAAAAAAACUGCCUGCAACAAAUCACUAUGAAAGAUCAAGGUCCAAUGAGGACAUUUCAACUCAGUCACGUGGCAUUCGGCUGACCAGUUGUGGAAACAUGAUCAGUCAGUCAAUUAGUGACAUUCACCAUUAUAGGGCUGCGGUCCAACCAAAAGCACAUUUUCUCUGGUUGCAUGGUAUUUUGCACGGUAAAGCUGACAGUGGAGUACUAUAAAAACAUUUUUUUUGUGUGACGUGAUCUACUUUCCAUGUUACUGAAUCUUGUUUCCAGUCUUUAAGGAAACUAAGCUAACCAGCUGCUGCCUGUAGCCUUAGAUUUAAUGGACACUACAGAAAUCCUCUAUAGAAAUCCGAAUGUAAAAGAGAUGUUAUUAGUCCUUUGUGCAUCACCUCACAGAAACUUUUACGUAAUGAAUGUUCAAGCAGAGGUGCUGCAGUGCUGUGCUCAUUCAUUUUUAUUGAGCUUCCCUGUCAAGCAAUUAAGUUAUUUCAUUUCAAUUCAAUUUAUUUCAUUCUGCAGUUGUAUGUGUGAAGACCUCAGCAGUGCUGGAGGUGAGCGGCCAUGUUGAUGGAGAGGUCUCCAUCCAGUGCUCUGUUAGCUGGACCAAAGACAACAGCUCCGAACACAGCAACAUGUACUUCUGUAAAGGAGUCUGCUCCAGAGAAAACAUUCUCAUUCAGACUGAGAGGAAGAGGUCAGCCGUCACACGACGGGGGAGAUACAGCAUGGAGGUCGACAGAGGAGAUGGAGUCUUCAACGUGACCAUGAAGAAGCUGAAGAGGUCGGAUGCAGGGAGAUAUUGCUGUGGCGUGGGGAAAACCUUUAGUGUGCUGUACCAGGAGAUCAAUCUCAUAGUCCUAGAUGCUUCCACUGUUCCCCCUGGAUCUCCUCCCUCCACCACCACCCUGCAGACCGAAGCAGAAACUCUGCCCCAGGGCAGCUCUCAUUCCAGCACUGAAUCGUCACCGGCAGCAUCAACGCUGCCCACUACAGAGAAGACAAACCAGCAAGCAACAGUCAACCUCUCAGAUACCACAGUGGUCAUCAUCGUAUCGGUGAGUCUGGCUCUUCUAGUUUGUGCCUUUAUCCCUCUUGUAUUCUACGGACACUGGAGGAGUAACGCGGAAGGCGAGAGCAGACAUGAAGUAAACAAGGGUGAAGCUGAUUUCUGUGAGGGAAAUGCAGAUGGUUCCUCCACUCAGCUCACAGUGAGGCUGCAGUCUUUAGAACCAGAUCCAGAGUCUUUUGCUCAGGAUGCCUCCCAGUAUGCUGCCAUCUACCAGGCUCUUGAUCCCAAAGCUCUGGACUGAGCAGGGUUUAUUCUGCUUCUGAGCUGACAGCUCAUCUCACUCUUUUCUCUGUAUUUUAAAUCAAAUAAAGGACAAAUGUUUGCUUAUAAUUCUGUGUGAGUGCAUAUCCCCAUACAUUUGAUGCAUCUGUACAUUUGUACCAGAGUUACUUCUCUGUGGUAUGUUGCAGUUGCUUACAAUGAUAAUCAUCGGUGACAUCCCUGCUGUCCUGUACAUUCUCCAGAAUGAGAUUAAGUCUGCUCAAAGUUUGUAACAUAUUGAAUAAGCCUCAGUUCGACAGUUUUUCGCACAGGUGGUGUUCUUCCUGGUGCACACCGGGUCGUCAGCUGGAGCCACCAUUCACUGAUGUUUCACCCCCCUGCCCAGCGCAUCUCCUGGUGAGGGGUUGUCUCCUCGCCACCUCCUGCAGCUGCCCUUGUUGGGGUGUCGACAUCCGGAAAACUGUCCCCUCUCUGUAACCAGUAGCUGGACUUCUCGGCCUUCUCCACCAGGUCUUUGAUGCCCUCUGCAGCUUCGCCACGCCGCACUGAGAUGAUGAACUGCUACUUCCUCCCAAGAAAUUGUAACACUCAGUAUUGAGGGACCGUCUUGGCAGCUGAGAGUUGUUUACGUGAUCUCAAGAGGGAAGGUUGUGACUGGAAGGUCGACGGUUCAACCCCAGGUUUGGCAGGAUUAA